UCCUCAGUUUUGUCCGCUAAAUAAAACAUAACUCUCGACUUUUAGAUUGUGCUUUUUUUUUCAGUUGACAGCUAUUACCAGAUGGCAGAACAAAUUCGAUGAUACUGCAGAUGCUUGUGCGCUGUACUGUUUAAAAACCAGCUGGAAAGGACUUCAGAGUAUCUCUAAGGAGGUGAUGAAGAGCCUGGCUAAGAGGAGGAAAGGGAGGAAGAGGGCCCUCGCCUAAGGAAUCCAUUGGCAGAAGCCUGGGAGGAAGCACAGACCCUUGCUCCCUGACGUCCCCGGGGGCCAGGAUGGGGCAGCAGUUCAGCUGGGAGGAGACAAAGGAGAACGGCGCGAUGGACGUGGCGGAGCUGCAGGAGUGGUACAAGAAGUUCGUGGAGGAGUGCCCCAGUGGCACACUCUUCCUGCACGAGUUUAAGCUCUUCUUCAAGGUCGCGGGCAACGAGGAGGCCACCCAGUAUGUAGAGGGCAUGUUCCGAGCUUUCGACAAGAACGGGGACGAGACCAUCGACUUCCUGGAGUAUGUGGCAGCCCUGAACCUUGUGCUGAGGGGCACCCUGGAGCACAAGCUGAAGUGGACCUUCAAGAUCUAUGACAAGGACCGCAAUGGCUUCAUUGACCGCCUGGAGCUGCUGGACAUCGUGGAGUCCAUCUACAGGCUGAAGAAAGCCUGCAGGGUGGAGAUGGAGACUGAGCAGCAAGGCGAGCUGCUCACACCUGAGGAGGUCGUGGACAGGAUCUUCCUUCUGGUGGAUGAGAACGGAGAUGGCCAGCUGUCCCUGAAUGAGUUCAUUGAAGGUGCCCGUCGUGACAAGUGGGUGUUGAAGAUGCUGCAGAUGGACGUGAAUCCCGGUUGCUGGAUCUCUCAGCAAAGGCGGAAAAGUGCCAUGUUCUGAGGGCUCCGGGGUCCUGGGAGCCCUCCAAGACUCCAGGCUCACCAGGUUUCCAGAGCAGUGGGAGGGCCCCUGGCUCAG